AGGUCAACCUUCCAUUUUGAGGACAGAUACAUUUUACUUUCUUCACAGUCUUCAGAUUUGUGCUUUCUUCGAACUCUCAUGAUCGAGAGCAGAAGGAUGUGAUAAUAAGUUGGAUGCUAUCUGAUACUGUUCAGUAAAUUGAUGGUGAUAAUAGUCUAGCAAUAUUCAUUGGAUACCAGUACAGACAAUGCUUUAUGGAUGAGAUAAAACAGUAAAAUGAUCUCAUGUUUGUGUGAGAUGAGCAGAUUACAUCAGACAAAGACUCUGCUGUAGAUAAUCUACAUGUAGAUAUCAUAUCAGAAGAACAUUGGAGCUUUGACUGUUCAGCAUCAGAAUGUUCCUUUGAUGGAAAUAUUCAUAUUGGCUGGCGAUAGUAUUUCAUUCCAAUAGAUUUAUUGGAAACAGUUCCGUGAGAUACGAAGAGGCUGCUUUUGCUCUGACACAUCCCAUGGCGGACAAGGUCAGCCGUAGCUCGAUGGACUCGCUCUCGGUCGCUGACGAAUACGUUGUAGUCACCCCCAGCGAGGAGAAGGCAGGCAGCGCGAACGGUGCCUUGGCAGCCCAGCAGGAAGUGACCUCGGUGAGCUCUACGGGCUCGGACACGGGGUUGCGUAUUGCAGGGAAUGGGAACAUGGACCAACUGAAGCACAACCUCGAAGAAGUGCUUGAAGAACACCUCGGAGGCAUUGCAAAGACCACCAGGAUGGUGCCACCCAGUAUCAAGCUCAACCUGGUGUCCUCUGGAGUUGGUCAGCAGGGAGAUAGCUCAGGGAAUAAUGACAUUGGAUCUCCACAGUCACCCCAAGAGAAGAUAGAUGAUAUCGGUGAGAUGGUGAUGAGUGGACAUGUUGAUAGUGCAAGUCCUAAAGAAGGAGAUAGUCAAGAAGAUCCAUGGGUACCAAGAUCUAAUUCUGGAUCCGACACUACCACCCCCACACCCAUCACUCCCAUUGACAAAGUAUGUACCUUGUUCAGUCGCAUCUUCUAUCUGGGUGCAUCCACCGUCAAUGCCCCUAAGAGUGAGGUUGAAGUUACAAGGAAUAUGCGCAUUCUCAAGGAGCAGGAGUCUGAGAAUGCCAUGGAGAUUGUCCUCUCAGUCCCAAGGACUGCUGAAGGUUCUGUUAGGCUGAUGGAGAUUGAUGGGAAAUCUGAGAUAGCUCACUAUCGAAUCACCCGUAUCCUCUUCUGUUGUCGUGGUCAUGCUAAUACCUCAGAGAGUGACUGCUUUGCCUUCACAUGUAGCCAUGGCUCCAAGGAGAGUCAGCUGUUCCAUAGUCAUGUCUUCAGAUGCGAGGUGGUCGAAGCAGUCCAGCGUAUACUAACCUGCUUUGGUCAAGCCUUCCACCGAGUUCCUAAGAGUCCUGGUAUGGUAGACAGUGUACCAGGCCUUCCUAUGUCACCACGGGAACGCAUCCUUCAUCUCGACAUUCCAGUCUUGGUAGAUAUCAGGGAGGAUGACAGCGGCAAGGGGAACUUCUCACCGGUUCCACGGGACAAGAAAUGUUUUAAGCUGAGACAGGGUGUGAAGAAGGAGAUUGGUAUCAUUGUCCAACAAGGCAAUCAUAAGAUGCUUAUCAUAGAGAGAUGUUUUGGUGUUUUGAUCUGUCCUGGUCGAGAGGUCCCUGACCGGGAGAUGUACUUACUUGAUGCUGUGAAUAUGGAGAAGAAUUAUGAUGCAAGGAAUUAUUCUGUAGUUUGCCAAUGGGAUCCUAACUUACCUGAAUUAGAAGUACUUAAUGCUGAAUCUCCACCCGGUCUAGAGAAAGGUAUGUUCAUGACGAUAGCUGUUGACCUGGUGAUCCUAGGUAUCCAAGAACCCGUCCGUUUCGUCAUAGAAACCAAAGUCCGCAUCUUUGCAGCAUCAGAGAAGUUCUGGUAUAACAAGAUCACCACCAAGAAACCACUCCAAGAAAACUUCAGUCUUCUCUUAGAGGAGAUUGAGACGACCCUUGAGAAUGAUGUCGCCUAUCGUGUUUUGAGUCUAGAGAGUGAUACACAGAGAGAAAGGCGCCAUGUUCCAAUCCGUCAGUCUAGUCUCAAUCAAGCAAGGACACCUGAUAGUCUUAGCUCCAUGCUGGAAGAGGAAAGUGAUGAUGAUGAGCCUCUACAGAGUGGUUCUGGUAGUGUUGGCAAAGACUGCGAGGAAUCCAUCCUCCUUGGUUGGGGUGAACUCCUAGCCAAGUGGAGGGUGAACCUGAGUGUACGUCCCAAGCAGCUUAAAGGCUACGUCAGGAAGGGUGUCCCUGAGGCUCUGAGGGGUGAGAUAUGGCAGCUCCUAGCAGGUGUCCAUGAGAGUGAGAAUCUCCUGGAAGAUUACAGGAUUUUGAUCACAAAGGUAAGAAUGGUUUCAUUCCAUCCCUAAAGUAUUCAAAUAUUAUUUCUGUAUUCAUCAUAUAUAUUAUAAAAUCAUGCAAUAUAGC